GCAGCCCGACACUGCCCCGCGCAUGCGCAGUCGAGUCCUCGUCAGCAGCAUCAGGACCAGAGAGGAAGCGGACCCUGAGAGGGAUAAGAUGGUGCACGUAAACACCACGAAAGGUGUGUUCUCCGCGCUCUAACGGCCCCUAGCGUCGUUUAAACCGAGAUUCGAAGAGGAAAAGAUAAACGACGGAAGCACUUUUGUCCACACCGAGCGGCCCCGUGACGUCUCCAGCCUCCAGCUGAGCCGCGCCGUGACAGGCUUCCUGGCGUAAUGGCAGCCGGGUUCUAGUGGGAUGCACGUCGGUGUUUGUCCGUACUCGCUCUCCGUCGUGAUGGCAGCUCUUUACCAGGGCACCGACACCUCCUCCCCGGACAAAUUCAUGGCCUUGAAGGACGUGAGAGAAGUGAAGGAGGAGACGACGCUGGACGAGAAGCUCUUCCUGCUGGCAUGCGAGAAAGGUGACUACUACAUGGUGAAGAAGCUGCUGGAGGAGAAUCGACACGGCGAGCUCAACAUCAACUGCAUCGACGUGCUGGGCAGAGACGCCGUCACCAUCGCCAUCGAGAAUGAGAAUCUGGACAUCCUGCAGCUUCUGCUUGAGCACGGCUGCCAGGCGACAGAUGCCUUGUUGGUGGCCAUAGACUCGGAGGUGGUGGGAGCUGUGGACAUCCUCCUCAACCACAGACCCAGACGAUCCUCCAAGCCCUCCAUUGCUAAACUCAUGCAGCGCAUCCAGAAUCCCGAGUAUUCAACCACGAUGGACGUGGCUCCGGUCAUCCUGGCAGCGCACAGGAACAAUUACGAGAUCUUGACCAUGCUGUUGAAACAGGACAUCUCCCUCCCCAGGCCUCACGCCGUGGGCUGCGAGUGCACGUUGUGCAACGCUAAAAACAAGAAGGACAGCUUACGUCACUCCAGGUUCCGCCUUGACAUCUACCGCUGCCUGGCGAGCCCGGCGCUCAUCAUGCUGACUGAGGAGGAUCCCAUCCUGAGAGCGUUUGAGCUGAGUGCAGACCUGAGGGAGCUCAGCCUUGUCGAGGUGGAGUUUAGGAACGACUACGAGGAACUGGCAAAGCAGUGUAAGAUGUUUGCCAAAGACCUCCUGGCUCAGGCGCGAAACUCCAGAGAGCUGGAAGUGAUCCUCAACCACACAUCCAGCGAGGAUCACGUCGACAAGAGAGGCUUGCUGGAGGAGCGGAUGAACUUGAGUCGGCUUAAGCUCGCCAUCAAGUACAACCAGAAAGAGUUUGUGGCUCAAUCCAACUGUCAACAGUUCCUCAACACCGUUUGGUUCGGUGAGACGGCGAGCUACCGGCGCAAGCACACCUGUCUGAAGAUAGCCACCGUCUUGAGCGUGGCCCUACUUUGGCCGCUGCUGUCCGUCUGCUACCUUGUGGUGCCCCGCUCCCGCGUCGGCCAGAUCAUCCACACCCCAUUUGUGAAAUUCAUCAUCCACAGCGCUUCCUACUUCACCUUCCUGCUGCUGCUCAACCUGUACUCUCUGGUCUACAACGAGGGCAAGAAGAACACGAUGGGUCCUGCUCUUGAGAUGAUUGAUUACCUUCUCAUCCUCUGGAUCAUAGGGAUGGUGUGGUCGGACGUGAAGCGCUUGUGGUACGAAGGCCUGGAAGACUUUCUGGAGGAAUCCAGGAACCAGUUGAGCUUUGUGAUGAACUCUCUCUACUUAGCCACCUUCACCCUCAAGGUUGUUGCUCACAGCAAGGCUUGUUCUCAUUUCCCUCAGUGCAAAGAUGUACCAGAGAUGGAAAGAAAGAACUGGGACGCCUUCCAUCCCAUCCUGGUGGCCGAGGGUCUCUUCGCCUUUGCAAACGUCCUGAGUUACCUGCGUCUUUUCUUCAUGUACACCACCAGCUCCAUCUUGGGUCCUCUGCAGAUCUCCAUGGGUCAGAUGCUGCAGGAUUUUGGAAAGUUUCUGGGCCUUUUCCUGCUGGUCUUGUUCUCCUUCACCAUUGGACUCACUCAGCUGUACGGCAAAGAUCUCAAAAGCUCGGGAAAGAAAACAACCAAGGACUGCGAAGGCAUCUUCUGCCAGCAACAGAGCAACGAUGCAUUCCACACGUUUAUGGGGACCUGCUACGCCCUGUUCUGGUACAUCUUCUCCCUGGCCCACGUCGCCCUCUUCGUCACCCGAAUCAGCUACACAGAGGAGCUGAGGUCUUUUGUUGGCGCCUUGAUCAUCGGCACCUACAACAUCGUGGUGGUUAUUGUUCUCACCAAGCUGCUGGUGGCCAUGCUCCAUAAGAGCUUCAGACAAAUUGCUAAUCACGAGGACAAAGAGUGGAAGUUUGCUCGGGCGAAACUCUGGCUGAGCUACUUUGAUGACAAGUGUACUCUGCCUCCACCUUUCAACAUCCUCCCUUCACCAAAGACCGUCUGCUACCUGGUGACCAGUUUGAGGAAGUGGAUCUGCUCCCACACCACAAAGGGCAAAAUGAAGAGACAGAACAGCCUCAAAGAGUGGAAGAACCUGAAGCAAAAGCGGGACGAGAACUACCAGAAGAUCAUGUGCUGCCUGGUUCACCGAUACCUGACCUCCACCAGGCAGAAGAUGCAGAGCACAGACCAGGCCACGGUGGAGAACCUGAACGACCUGCGCCAAGACCUGUCCAAGUUCCGCAACGAGAUGAGAGACCUGCUGGGCUUCCGUACCUCCAAGUAUGCCAUGUUCUACCCGAGGAGCUAAAACCAGAACACGCAUUCGCUUCUACUCUCUUUACAUAUUAAUCUGGGAUGCCGGCAUGUGCAGAAGUUAAUCUUUCAAACUUUAGAAAAUAUGUAAUGAGUGACUAAAGCCUACAAACUCAGACCUUCGUCUGUUAUUUAACCCUUUUUUGUAAAUAUAUAAAGCCAUUGUUUUCAACGGGAUGAAUAAAAAUGUAUGGAAAUACUUGA